GUGGCGGCGCUCUAUCCCUGCGCCUCUCUAUGGUUCAACCCGGCGUGGUCUGCGCUGUAGGGGUCCCAAUUCCAUUUCACACCGGAAGUAUCCGCGCGGACCCACGGUGGGUUUCUCUGUACUUUCCUAUCUCUUUGGACCCGCGUAGCCCCGAGCGCGUGAAUCUGGGGAGGGCAAACGGAGCCUCGUUUCCUUCCAGCGGGUCCUGCCGGCAGCGCAUCUCCACCUCUUCCUCGACACACAUCUCUCCCAGAGCCGUCAGCAUCACAAGCUUAUUUUCCCACCACCACGUUGGAGGAACUAGCAAAGCCCCCAUAAGAAGACUUAAAGAAAGCAGCAGAAAUGUUGCGCAGGCCCUUACUGCAGCCUUGAAUCGCAUCCAGUUACUUGGCCGUGUAGGACAGGAUCCUGUCAUGAGGCAAGUUGAAGGCAAAAACCCGGUCACCAUCUUCAGCCUUGCAACCAACGAGAUGUGGCGAUCGGGAGAAAGCGAAUCGUUCCAAGGAGACCGAGGUGAUAUUACACAGAAGACGACAUGGCACAGGAUCUCUGUGUUCAGGCCGGGGCUAAGAGAUGUGGCGUAUCAGUAUGUGAAGAAGGGUGCUCGGAUCUACGUGGAAGGGAAGAUAGACUACGGCGAGUACGUAGACAAGAACAACGUAAGGCGGCAAGCCACAACAAUCAUAGCAGAUAACAUUAUUUUCCUGAGCGACCUUCUUAGAGAAAAGGAAUGAGCGGUCUGUCCUGGGACCUGGUUUUCAGCUGUUCCUUUUUCUUCUUCUUUUGGUGGCAUUUCCUAAUUCUGCAAUCAUGUGUCUGCCUAUAGUUUCUUUUCCAUGAUUAAAAAUAACCUUUUGUACAAAUAA